AUGAGCAUCUUAGCAAGAAACUACUCACUCCUCAACCUAGGACAAACGAUCUUAAGCAAAAGGCCUGCCCUUUUGCUUAAGUCCUGCCCAAAGACAUGCCCAAAAAGCCCAGCUUUUAGUACACUAAAGAGGUCAGCCCAUCUGAAAAAAGGUCCUUCGUUGCAAGAUUUUAUUCGCAAUGCAACCGAGCCGGGAAGCGUCUACAUAGCCAACCGCAGCGAGCCCGUCCCAUACAUAGCACCCGAAACGCUCCGUGGAGGGAAAAGAAAAGUUUUUCUCGAAGUGUACGGUUGCCAAAUGAACACGAACGAUACGGAAAUUGUUUGGUCCAUUCUAAAGACGCACGACUACCAACGGACGGUAAACGUAAAGGAAGCGGACAUUGUUCUCCUGAUGACGUGCGCUAUAAGGGAAGGAGCUGAAGAUACGGUAUGGAAUCGGUUAAUACAUCUACGGCAGUUGAAACAGAAACGGGAAGCGAACGAGCAAAAGCCACUACAGAUCGGUGUGCUCGGCUGUAUGGCGGAACGAUUAAAAAAGCAGCUGGUAGAAAAGGAACACGCCGUAGACGUUGUGGCUGGCCCGGAUGCGUACAAAGAUUUGCCCCGCUUGCUGGCAAUCGGACAGAAGGGACAGAAAGCAAUCAACGUGUUACUUUCGCUGGAUGAAACGUACGCCGAUGUGGUUCCGGUAAAGCUGGACCGGAAGUCAAAAACUGCGUACGUUUCCAUCAUGCGAGGUUGCGAUAAUAUGUGCUCGUACUGUAUCGUUCCCUUUACCCGGGGGAAGGAACGUUCGCGUCCAAUUAAAUCGAUCCGCGGCGAAGUGUUGCAGCUGGAAAGUGAAGGCAUACGAGAAGUAACGUUGCUGGGACAAAAUGUUAACAGCUAUCGGGAUACAAGCGAAGAAAUGGCCGGGGUGGAAAUGAAAGAGGCAACUCUGCUAGCACCCGGAUUUCGUACCGUUUACAAAACCAAGCUGGGUGGCCUGCGGUUUGCCGAAUUGCUUGCCGAGCUGGCUGAAACCGUACCGGAAAUGAGGAUCCGCUUUACAUCGCCCCAUCCGAAAGAUUUUCCACGCGAUGUGCUGGAAACGAUUGGGAAGUAUCGAAACGUUUGCAACAGCUUACACUUACCGGCACAAUCAGGCAGUACGCAGGUGUUGGAACGUAUGCGACGUGGCUACACGCGGGAAGCGUACUUAAACCUCGUUAAGGAUGUGCGUGACAUCAUACCGAACGUAACGCUAUCGAGUGAUUUUAUCUGCGGGUUCUGUGGCGAAACGGAACCAGAAUUUGCCGAUACUGUUUCCCUAAUAGAGACGAUUGGCUAUCAUGCUGCGUUCCUGUUUGCUUACAGUAUGCGAGAAAAAACAACCGCCCAUCGACGGUACGUAGAUGAUGUGCCGGGGGAUGUAAAGCAGGAACGGCUUCGAAGGAUGAUUGUAACGUACCGGAAGGAAGCGGAAUGCUUAAAUCGGCAGUUUAUCGGUCGGACGGAGCUGAUACUGGUGGAAGGAUAUAGUAAGCGCUCCCGGACGGAUCUUGCCGGUCGUAAUGAUGGGAAUGUUAAAGUAAUUGUACCGGCCGGUCCGAUAAGAUCUAGCCAGGAGGCUGGAAGGGAGGAUUUAAGGCCGGUUGGUGUUGGGGAUUAUGUUGCGGUACGAAUUGUUGAAUCAAAUUCACAAAUUCUCAAGGGAGUACCUUUGUACCAUACGACGUUGCAGGACUUUUAUGCUGUUGGGUGA